GCGGGGACGCGGGGACGCGGCGGCGGCGCUCGGCGGGCAGCGGCGGCGACAUGCCCGCCUCGCAGGGCCGGGCCCGGGCCCGCGGCCACGCGCCGCUCCGCGCCGAGUUCCUGUCCCUGAGCCAGCCGCCGGGCGCGGGGGCCGCGGGGGGCCGGAGGGCGGCGGGGCCCGCGCCAACGCCCCCCGCGCCCGGGGACGCGGCCCGCGAGCGGCGCCAGUCGCAGCCGCUGCCCGAGGAGGACUGCAUGCAGCUGAACCCGUCCUUCAAGGGCAUCGCCUUCAGCUCGCUGCUGGCCAUCGACAUCUGCCUGUCCAAGCGCCUGGGCGUGUGCGCCGGCCGCGCCGCGUCCUGGGCCGGCGCCCGCUCCGUGGUCAAGCUCAUCGGCGUCACGGGCCACGGCGUCCCGUGGAUCGGGGGCACCAUCCUGUGCCUGGUCAAGAGCAGCACGCUGGCCGGCCAGGAGGUGCUCAUGAACCUGCUCCUGGCCCUCCUCCUGGACAUCAUGACGGUGGCCGGCGUGCAGAAGCUCAUCAAGCGGCGAGGCCCGUUCGAGACGAGCCCCAGCCUGCUGGACCACCUGACCAUGGACGUGUACGCCUUCCCCGCCGGCCAUGCCAGCCGCGCCGCCAUGCUGUCCAAGUUCUUCCUGAGCCACCUGGUGCUGGCCGUGCCCCUGCGGGUGCUGCUGGUGCUCUGGGCCUUCUGCGUGGGGCUGUCACGCGUCAUGAUCGGCCGCCACCACAUCACCGACGUCCUCUCGGGCUUCCUCAUCGGCUACUUCCAGUUCCGCCUCGUGGAGCUGGUCUGGAUGUCGUCCAACACCUGCCAGAUGCUCAUCUCCGCCUGCACCCCACUUUCCAAUUUCGUUACCACUUCUACUACGGACAUUCUCAACGCAGCGGAAGAACAAAUGAUUCCCAGUGGUAAUUGUAAGGAUGUGGCGUGACAGGAUGUGGAGUAUUUUUUACUCCAGACUUCGACCCGGGUCUCCUUCUCCCAAACCUUACAGCAAGGGCGUCUGGAGGUAUCGGCCUCACUGUCCCCAUGGCUCCUGUGUGAAUAGUCCCAAAGGCAUCUGGCUGGCUUAACGGACCUCACCUUGUGGACGCCACCGAGUCCUCUGGCUGGCAUAUCACCCUGGCGCAACAGCAAACACAGGCCAUGAGCCACAAGAGUCAGUUUCUUUUUUUUUUU